AUUGAUUUGUAUCGCAACUUCCUGACCUAAGACCCCUCGGGCCCAGACCCCUCAGUAGUCAGUAUCGCCAGUCACACUCGGUCGGCCAGCCAUGGACACUCGACGGUUCUACAUCUCGGCACUCUUCUUGUGCCUUACCACCCAACUCUCCUUAUCAGCCGUGGUAUUCUCUGUAAAUGGGCCAGUAGCAGAAGAGCAGCGGGAUGAUAUCAAUUUGCUUGAAGUGGAACGGAUAGCCACAAGCACAGCACAGCGUCCACAAACUUUUGUGAAUAAAGCAUCCUGGUCAAAGGAGAGCUCUUCGUCAGAAGAAUAUGGCUAUGGGAAACAUUCAAAUUAAGUUAGUCUCACUAUCGAGUGAAAGUACAGCAGAUUCGACCUCAGAAGAAAAAUACCAUAAGAGAUCUAUACAUAAAAGGUCACUGGAUUCCAAGCAAGACCCAGUGAAUGCUAUCGGUGAAGGUGCAAAUCAAACACAGAGCAAAAAUGGGCUAGACACAGAUAAUAUUGAUGUAACAGGAACAGGUGUAGGUAGCGAAGAAUCAAGCUCUCCCACUAUCCAGGAUGUGUCAGAGAACACAACACCUACACAAUCUGCCGAAGUUGUAACAAAACUACAGUCAGAAUUAACAACUGAAUCUGACUCACCAGUUGUCAGCGAAACGAAUGACAACGACUCUGAAACAACCACAGAAAAUAAACCUGUUGAAACAGAUGCCACAGAUGCAGAAAUUGAACCGACACCGACUACUCCAACAGAUACCGACCCAGUGAGUGAACUCGAGGUUGAACCAACAACAGAAAAGUCAGAAGAGAACAACCCUUCAUCUGAAAAUGGUGAUGAAUUAGCUCCGACCAACUCUACAGCUAACACCGAAGUUUCCACCGAGACUGAAGAUAAUGAAGAGAAAUCGCCGAUGGAUGUGGUCAUCGAGAGAGUGAACAAACUCAGUGAUCAGAUCAGGACUGUUCUAACGAACUACAGGAAAGAGGGGGUCGUGGUUCUCCCUGGACAGAGUUUCUUUCCAGAUCCGAUGUCGAUGCAAGAUUUUAAGAAGUCGUUUUCUGUCGGAACUAUAGACUUCAAGAACAUGGAGGUUUUUGGCUUGUCCAAUUUUACAGUGGAGCACAUAAACACAGAUGUUGACCGAAUGCAGGUGUAUAUUCUUCUUCACAUGAAACGACUGGAGAUUCUGGGAAACUAUACCCUGCGGACUUUCUUCAGUCGAGCCGCCGGUCCCUUCAACGUCACUCUUCUAGAAGUGGACUCUGAGGGUGUGGCCGAGGUCCAGACCACCGCAGACGGCCAUCUGGAGGCAACGGACUCCGUCAUGGACAUGUUCACCAAGGACAUGAAGGUGGACUUUAAAAACUUGGGCUUCAUGGGUUCAAUGUUCCAGGGAGCAGUCAGUGCAGUCGGGGACGCUCUGUUCGACAGCAUCAAACCGCAGAUAUUGGAACGAGUCAAUCUAGUGAUAAGAACCGAUGUAAACAAGAAACUGAAGGAGUUAUCGGUCAAGUUCAUCAAUAAAAUAUCACCCGUCGACUUGGCUUUCUCAGAGGGAAGAAAGUACGUGAAACAAAACGGUUACGAUCCGUAUAAAAUCAGAGAUCAUUCUUUCAUCUUGGGUGGUCUGGUGCACGUCAAUAUCACUCAGUUCUCCGUCGCAGGCCUCUCUAGAUUUUACAGAGUAGGGAACCUAUCGCUCUCGAUGGACGCUGGGGUCAUCGAAGUGGGAAUUCACGUGAUGACGCACGAAUUGAAAGGGCACUGCGAGUGGUCAGGGGAGACCUUCGGGAUCGUCAAGUCGGGCAAGACCAACUUCACGGUGGACCAUCUGCAGGUGCGAGCCCUGGUGACCCAGUCCCUGGACGUUCGGCAGAAACCACAACUCAGGGACCUGGAUCUGGAACUCGGCUGGGUGAAAGUGAAAAUGGACAGUCCGAUGACUCUGAACCUGAUGAUAGAAGGCAUCAUCAACGCGUUCCCCCGCCUGAUCAGACACAUAAUAGUGGACACUCUGGAAGAACCCCUGAGGGAGAAAGUACAGGAAAUUCUGAACAAGAUCAAUGUUGAGUCGGUUGUCGACGACAACCUCCCUAGACUGGACGGGUUUGGACUGUAAGGUCAAGGAUGUGAGUAUUAGUCAAUUGGUCUAGAGUCAUUAUACUGCAUCAAGGCUGGAGAGGAAACUAACAAUUAACGCCUGUCAUCGCUGUAUCGUGAACGUCUAGGAAUAGGACCGGCUAAGUUCGUUUCGCCAAUAUUAUAACUAAAACCAGAUACUUAAGAAAAAGUGUUUAACUAAUAUAACACUAGGUUCUGUAGAGUAUUAUGUUAUCAUAGAUAUUUACUGAUUAGUGAUGCUAAUUUUUGAAACAUUAUAACUUGACUUAUUUCUUUAAUAGAUAGUAACAAAUUAGGUUAGAUACUAAUUAGUUUAGACUUUAAGCUAAACAACUGUAAUUACCCUGUAAAUAUAUAGGAUGUGACACAUAAUAUGUAAAGAGUAUUCUUAUAAUUAAAAGAUCAAUUUAAUUAUGCA